UUGAUUGGCAAUAAAUUGAAGAGAGCUUUCAUCUAGACUGCUUUUAAUAUUUUUAUUUGUCGUAUUUUACAGGUAUGAACAUUCAGAAGAGAAAGAAUGGGAAGUAUCAAUGUGACAGUUGCAAGAAAGAAUUCGUUUCGAAAAAGGGGUUAAAAUAUCAUCGAAGGAUUCAUACUGGCCAAGGGCUCUUCACUUGCCAAUACUGUAGUCUUCAGUUUACACAAUCGUGUAAUCUACUUGACCACGUCAAGACUCACACCGGAGAGAAACCGUUUGCCUGUGAUCACUGCAAACAACGUUUUACACAAAAAGGAAAUCUGACUCGACAUCUCCGAACUCACACCGGGGAGAAGCCUUUCUCUUGCGACCAUUGCAAGCGUAGUUUCACGCAAAAACAUCAUCUGAUACGUCAUUUUCGUCUUCACACCGGAGAGAAACCAUUCUCGUGUUAUCAUUGCUCACAAAAAUUUCGUUUUAAACCUUCUUUAAAGUAUCAUAUUAUUAAACAUCAUAAUAGUAAUGAAAUGGAAAAUACGUUUCAAGACGUCAGACAAUUCGCUGAAAAGAAAGCUGAAGGUUUAAACAAUCAGAAGUCAAGAAAUGGGAAGUAUCGAUAUGGCAGUUGCGAGAAAGAAUUCGUUUCGAAAAAUGGGUUAAAAUAUCAUCGAAGGAUUCACACUGGAGACAAACCGUUUGCCUGUGAUCAUUGCAAGCAAUGUUUUACACUGAAAAGAAAUCUGAUUCGACAUUUCCGAACUCACACGGGAGAGAAGCCUUUUUCUUGCGACCUUUGCAUGCGAAUUUUUACGCAAAAACCUAAUCUGAUACGACAUCUUCGUAUUCACACCGGAGAAAAACUAUUUUCGUGUAAUCAUUGCUCACAAAAAUUUCGUUUUAAACGUUAUUUAAAGUAUCAUAUUACUAAACAUCAUAAUAAUUUUACAGGUUUAAACAAUCAGAAAUCAAGAAAUGGGAAGUAUCGAUGUGGCAGUUGCGAGAAAGAAUUCGUUUCGAAAAAUGGGUUAAAAUGUCAUCGAAGGAUUCACACUGGAGAGAAACUUUUUGCCUGUGAUCAUUGCAAACAACGUUUUACACAAAAAGGAACUCUCAUUCGACAUCUUCGAACCCACACAGGGGAGAAGCCAUUCUCUUGCGACCAUUGCAACCGAAGUUUUACGCAAAAAUAUCAUCUGAUAGAACAUCUUCGUCUUCACACCGGAGAGAAACCAUUCUCGUGUAAUCAUUGCUCACAAAAAUUUCGUGUUAAACGUUCUUUAAAGUAUCAUAUUAUUAAACAUCAUAAUAAUUCAUUAAGCAAACAAGAGCAUUCUCCUGUACUAAAUGAAGAAUUCUUCUCGGGAAAACAGAAGAGCAGUCGAAGGAGGUGUUCGACUUCUGUUGUUAACAUUAAAGCCACUGUUGUUAACAUUAAAGCCACCAAGAAAUCAUACAAGAAUAUAUCAACAAAGAAAUUGUCUUUCGUGCAAUUUACAGGUUUAAACAUUCAGAAAAGAAAGAAUGGGAAGUAUCAAUGUGACAGUUGCAAGAAAGAAUUUGUUUCCAAGUAUAAUUUAAAAUAUCAUCAGAGGAUUCACACUGGAGAAGGACUCUUGUCUUGCCAAUACUGUAAUCGUCAAUUUAUCCAUUCCUACAAUCUACGGGACCACGUUAAGACUCACACCGGAGAGAAACCCUUUGCCUGUGAUCAUUGCAAACAAUGUUUUACACAUUUCCGAACUCACACGGGGGAGAAGCCAUUCUCUUGCGACCAUUGCAAACGAAGUUUUACACUAAAACAUCAUCUGAUAGGACAUCUUCGUCUUCACUCCGGAGAAAAGCCGUUUUCGUGUAAUUAUUGCUCAGAAAAAUUUCGUUUUAAAUCUUCUUUAAAGUAUCAUAUUAUUAAACAUCAUAAUAGUAAUGAACAAUGACUUUUAUGGAAAUGAUUUUAGUACAUUUAUUCAAAAAAUAUGCAAUGCUCGUAUUUUAAAUUGUA